AACUGCCAAGCCACCCUCCCUCAAAAUCCAGCAUAUAUAAAACAUCUUAAUUUACAUUUACCUUCAAAUCCCACUUGUUACAAAUCUUCCUAAACCCAUGAGGAUCAAAACAAAUUUCUCCUUUUGGCUUACUCUUAUUGCCAUUGUAGCCCUUUCCGUCGUCGUCKUCUUCUGCUCCUUCUCGCUUUCCUCGACCGCGAUCGGUCCUGAGACUGGUGGUUUUGAGCUUGGCAUUUUCAGAAGUCUAGUGAAAGAGAGCGGCUUGGAUGAUUAUUUUUGGUAUCUUGUAACUCAAAUUGUGUCCAAACACAAGCAGCAUCAUGGAUGGAAGCAUAGAAUUAGGAGUUGUGAUGAGAAGAAAUGGAACUCUGAGUUGAUAUCUAUAUACAAUGUUUCGCUAGCUUUGACAGUUGAUUUGAAGGGAUGUGCAAAUUUCAGCAGUGUGCAAAAGGCAGUGGAUGCUGUUCCUGAUUAUGCCUCUUCAAGAACCCUUAUCCUAAUUCAGGCUGGUGUUUACAGGGAGAAGGUGGUGAUAGAAGCCAACAAAACAAACUUGAUAAUCCAAGGACAGGGUUACCUCAACACUGCAAUAGAAUGGAAUGACACUGCCAAUUCCACAGGAUCCACCAUUUACAGCUCUUCAUUCACCAUCUUUGCUCUAAAUUUCACUGCCUUCAACAUCAGCUUCAAAAACACAGCUCCUGAGGCAACUCCAGGGAUAAGUGGAGGGCAGGCAGUGGCACUCAGAGUUGCAGCAGAUGAAGCUGCUUUCUAUGGCUGUGGAUUCUAUGGAGCCCAAGACACACUCUAUGAUUACAAGGGGAGACAUUACUUCAAAGAAUGCUUCAUUCAAGGAUCCAUUGAUUUCAUCUUCGGCAACGCCCGAUCGCUCUACGAUGGUUGCAAAAUAAAGUCAAUAGCAAAGGAAUUGUGGGGUGGAGGGGUAAGUGGAGCCAUCACUGCUCAUGCAAGGCAGUCCAGCAGCGACCAAACUGGGUUUGCUUUUGUCAACUGCACCAUCACUGGCUCCGGUAAGGUAUGGCUCGGCCGCGCCUGGGGGCCCUCUGCCACCGUCGUCUUCUCCACCACGUACAUGAGCGGAGUUGUCGCCCCCGAUGGAUGGAAUGAUUGGAGAGAUCCUUCCCGAGACCAGAGUGUGUUGUUUGGGGAAUAUGAAUGCUUUGGAGAUGGAGCAAAUUACAGGUUGAGAGUUCCAUAUGCAAAGCAGCUGAAUCAAAUGGAAGCUGAACCUUAUAUGGAUGUUUCCUAUGUUGAUGGAAGUGAAUGGCUCAUCUAUCACCAAACCACUUUCUCUGCCAAUUAA